AUGACGGCAUUGGAGCCUGGUGAUGGCGGCGACUCCUCUGGACGAACUUGUGCGCGAGAGAGAGAUGCCCAUCAUCGCCGAGCAGAAGACCUGACAGACAUUGGACAACGAGGGUAUACGUGCGAUCAGACUGUCGGACCAAAGCGCGAUACGAAACCUCCGACGCCAUCGCACCGCGCCAUCACUGCUCCCAACCGCCGAAGACGAAAACAUGACACCUACCAACCACGAGCAGAUCCCGACUGGCGCAAGCGAUUCGCGAGGCAGGAUGGGUGGAUGGAUAACAAGGAGAUACCAUCGGAAAUAAAGAGAGCUGCUGAGGCCACGGCUUUGCAAACGCCUCGAAGGGAUGGGCAAGCCAAAGACCAUGCAUACUCUGGGACACUGGUGCAAUCGAAGUUGGACAGCCAGACGAAUGCCAAAAGAGCUCUCGAAGGGUCUCUCGCGUCAUACAAGACACGAAUCCAGGAGCUUACCGAGGAGAACCGCGAACCUGCUUCUCAGAAGAGUGUGAUUGUGAGCGACCUCAAGAGCGAGAAGUAG